UUCAAUACUACGCUCACUACUCUAACAAUAACUUUGUGAUAAUAUAAUCGUUAUUUUUCGUACGUUCGUCUACGAUAUCAUAAUAGUUCUGUCGUUGAUGUUAUUUAUGCUAUUCCUCUUAUAUAUCAGUAGUUAUAUAAGCGUGCACGAGUCGCUGAAGAAGAGCACGGAUGUUCAUAAUAUAUUUUUUCUUCAAAAACAUUGUUAAAUUCCAAUCAGAAACGAUUGCCAGUAAUUUUUCAACGAAAUUUAAUAUAAAGUUUAUUAUUGUAUUAACGUCAUGAAACAGAUUGGCGAGUCCGGCGCGAUUGUCGUCUACGAAAUUGGCUUCUUUUGCAUAUUAUAUGCGUCUAUUACAUCUGGCUCACUGAAUGGCAGAGGUAGAGGACUGAUUCAAAAUGCUCUAAACAUGGGCGUUAGACAAAAUAAUAUCACCGGCCGCGACUGCGUGUAUAAGCGAGAUGCAGACGACACAUGUCCUGGAGAGGAUAUACUUUUUCAUUACUUCACGCUCAGGAACACUGGUGGAGGAGAAGAUGGGUAUUUGAAAAUGCAGAAGCAACAAAUUGAAUUCACAUCACCCGCCUGGCUACACUCGAGCGGAUGGGAUCGUUCACUGCACACGGUGUUAAUUGUGCACGGAUAUGGAGGAACAGCGCAAGAUUACUUGCCCAGUGCCGUGCUUAGAGACGCGUACUUAAAAAACGGAAAGUACAACGUGUUUAUGGUGGACUGGGGCAAAUUAUCGUUGAUCCCGUGUUACGCGGCUGCCGUUCACAAUCUCAAGCCAGUGGCCAGAUGUAUGGCGGUUAUGUUGACGCAUUUGCGAGCCGCCGGCCUGGAUGUGGACCAGCUCACGUGUGUGGGACACAGUCUUGGUGCACAUCUAUGUGGAAUUAUGGCCAAUUACCUUCCAUUUAGAAUGCACCGUAUCAUAGGCGUGGAUCCGGCGAAACCAUUAAUUCGAAAUCGGGCGUCCAGCCGAUUGGAUUCUGGAGACGCAGACGUCGUGCAGAUCAUACACGCCACGUCUAGGUACGGAGAUCUGAAGCGUAUGGGGCAUGUGGAUUUCUGUUUGAACGGAGGACACGUGCAACCAUUUUGUUUGAACGCUUCCGAUACUGAACUGUGUGGUCACACGAGAAGCGUGUGUUAUCUAGCUGAGAGUUUGGACCCAGACACCGCCCGUAAAGCGGUACCAUGUACCAGGAGAUGUUUGCAGGGGGGUGAAGGAAGUUCAAGCUUUUCGAUCGUCAACUCUUUUGGCCAAACACCGUAUGUUGUCCUAGGCCAAUAUACACCCGAUGAGGUGAACGGCGUGUACUGUGUAACCAACUCUGACGCGCCGUACUGUUCAAAAACCAGCGUUAGGGGUAGUCCGUACUGCUGUCCCCCGCCGUUUAUGGGCAAUCAACAGCCGAACGACGAUUAUAUCGAUCACACAAUACAGUUGCCCGAAGACGUGGACUACAGUAACAAUAACAACUGAAUACAUCCAUGGAAUAGAGGAGGAAAAAAUACAUUUUGGAAACACUUAAAAAAUCUUAAGACA